UCGAGAUAAGAAGAAUGGAUAACAAUUCAAAAAUUACAAUGACAAAAAAUUAAAACUCUUCGGGAGUACCACGAAUAUGAAUUAUUCGCAAUAAUUAUCAAUGAUGUCUCAACACUAGUUACGAAAUAACUCCCCAGUUUCCAUAUUUUUUGGUCGUGCUAUGUCGGAAUGUUAACGUGACGAUCAGAAUAAAUCUAAAUUUUAUACCCUCAGCAGAUCGUGUAUCUCGAGCUUCUAAAUAUAUCCUAUUAUACUGACGAGAACAUAACAGUUGUACUAUGCCGAACAGUGACUUUUUUAUUGCCGUAGUGUGUUCGAGCAACAUGAAUCGAAGUAUGGAAGCACAUGCAUUUUUAAGUAAAAAAGGUUUCAAUGUUCGAUCCUUUGGUACAGGUGACAAGGUUAAAUUACCUGGAACAGCACCAGACAAACCAAAUAUUUAUGAUUUUGGAUGUUCUUAUGAUGAAAUUUAUAGAGACCUAUAUAAUAAAGAUAAAACAUUCUACACACAAAAUGGUUUGUUAAAUAUGUUGGACAGAAAUCGGCGGAUAAAGCAACAUCCAGAAAGAUUUCAACUGUGUGAUGAACAAUUUACCGUAGUCAUUACUUGUGAAGAACGUGUGUAUGACCAAGUGUUGGAGUAUUUUGAAACUAUUGAAAACUUUGGAAAUAAGCCAGUUCAUGUUAUUAAUAUUGACAUCCAAGACAAUCAUGAGGAAGCAACUAUUGGUGCAUUUUUAAUAUGUGAAUUAGUUACCUUGAUAUCUAGAAGUGAUGAUUUAGAUAAUGAUAUUGAUAAAUUAGUUGUUAAAUUUGAAGAAAAAUGUCAACGGUUAUUGCUUCAUUGUGUACUUUUCUAUUAAGUGAUAAAUAUAGAAAUUAAUGAUUAUUUCUAAUGAUUUAAAAUAAAGUAAAAUACAUUUUUUAA